GGGCCGAAGGUGACAGCGGAGUCUCCAGCACGACCUUCGCCGAGGGCCUCCAGGGGAUUUCGAUUUCUCGCGCUGUGGGGGCGGAAGACUGGCUCCCCUGGGGAUGUGUGUGCGGGUUCUCAAGGAGCUCAGCCUCCCGGACGGAGCCGGCGGCGGCAGGGCGAGGACGGCGGCGCGGCGAGGACGGCGGCGGACCGGGGAAGCCCCGCGUCCUGGCCAGGUGUCUCUGGCUGUGCCCUGUGGUGUGCUCAUGUCCUGAUCUUGUGGGAGGCUGGCUCCUCUGCUCCAGUGGCUGCCUUCCUGGAGGAGACCAGCUUGUUUGCCACCUCUCCUGAUGCCCAGAGCAGCAGCCCACGCGGAAAGUCCUGCUUCCUCCCCUAGCUGUCUGCCUUUCCCCACAGGUGGUUUUGUCUCAGUGCUGACAUCUUCCCAGCUAGAAGAGGAGACCCUCAAAGGUGCACAGUGGCUGCCUCUGGGGAAUGAUGGCUGCGUGAGCGCCCGCCAUGCCCCACCAGAAGAGUCUACCAUGGCCCACCGGAAGCGUCUACCAUGGCCCACCAGAAGCGUGAGAGCGCAGGGAGCAGCAUGUUGGAACAUAGGGCAAGGCCGGGUCCUGUCCCUCACCAUCAGGAGCCUGAGAGCGAGGACGUGGAGCUGCCCUUGGAGGGCUAUGUGCCCGAGGGCCUGGAGCUGGUCACCCUGCGGCCAGGGAGCCCCAUGCCCAAGAAGCAGGAGUGCCACAACCACAGCCCCGCUGGGGACUCCAGUUCCGACUACGUGAACAACACUUCUGAGGAGGAGGACUAUGAUGAGGGCCUCCCUGAGGAGGAGGAGGGCAUCCCCUACUACAUCCGCUACUGCCCUGAGGACGACAGCUACCUGGAGGGCAUGGACUGCAACAGGGAGGUGUACCUGGCUCACGGCGCACACCCAGUGGACACUGACGGGUGCCAGGAUGCAGUGGAGUGGACGGCCUGGGCGGGCCUGCACUCCCAUGGUCACAGGGCUAAAGGCAGCCAGGACUACCCUGAUGGCCAACUGCCCAUCCCAGAGGAUGAGCCCUCUGUCCUGGAGGCCCACGACCAGGAAGAAGACGGUCACUGCUGUCCCAGCAAAGAGGGCUACCAGGACUACUACCCUGCGGAGGCUAACGGGAACACCAGCGCUUCUGCCUACCCCCUGAGGUGCGGGGACGGGGACCUGGAGGACCAGGAGGAGGACAUCGACCAGAUCGUGGCAGAGAUCAAGAUAAGCCUGAGUAUGACCAGCAUCACCAGCACCAGUGAGGCCAGCCCCGAGCAUGGGCCCGAGCCAGGGCCUGCAGCCUCUGCAGAGGCCUGCCCACCCGUCAAGGCCAGCUGCAGCCCCAGCAGGCACGAGGCGAGGCCCAAGUCGCUGAACCUCUUUCCCGAGGCCAAGCACCCCGGAGACCCCCAGAGAGGCUUCAAGCCCAAGACCAGGACCCCAGAAGAGAGGCUGAAGUGGCCCCAUGAGCAGGAUAUAGAAGACUUAGAUCACUACGAGAUGAAAGCGGAGCCCAUUAGUGGGAAAAAGUUGGAGGAUGAAGGAAUUGAAAAAGAAAAUUUGGCAAUAUUAGAGAAAUUAGGAAGACUGAAAGGCAAGACCGUUUAAAUGUAGUUGACCCUGAUAGUCCUUUGCACAGUGAUCUUCAGAUCUUAAAAGAAAAAGAAGACAUGGAGAUAUUUUGCUUAACUUAUCUUUUAAGAAACUGUUGUGGUUGUCAACUGGGUUGUCUUCCUGAAGUAUGAAUCCGGUAUGUAUUGGGUGGAAGAGCAUUAUGUAUUGAACUUCUGACGAAACAGGGCUGAAGCAGUGCCUACUCGACAGAACCAGUCAUCAUACAAAGAAAUGCCACCUGACUCAAAGGCAAAGCCAGAGUGCAGCUUGGAGCAAAGAAGGUA